AUGCCUCUGAACGUCGCUCGAGGUGGAGGCGGUGCCCUUCGCGGCGUCUACCUCAAUGCCGUCGCUCGUCCCUUCCGUGUGGCCAUCUCCCAGCCUCAUGUCCGCCGCGUGUGCCUUGCGACGCAUCGCGGUUCCCUGAAGCCUAUCGCCGGAGCUGUUCCUUCUGUCCUCUCGCGCCAGCUUGUCAACACAUACGCGACCGCCAGUCAAGCUAAAGCUACAACCAAAGAGAAGACGACGAAAACACCGAGGGCGAAGAAAGCCACCAAAGAUGCUUCGGAGAAAAAGACUCCGCUAAAAAGGACCUCUCAGAAGCCAAGGAAGGUGCUGACAGAAAAGCAAGAGCAAAUGAAGAGCCACCGGGCGCACAGAAAGCGGCUCCAGGAGCUCAAGGCAACUGGGCUGUCCCCACCCAAGGUAUCCAGGGGGGUCUACUGGAACGUCGCGGUGGCCGAUUUGGUACCCGAGGCCAUGAAGACGGCCAAAGGUCCAACUGAGGUGUUCCGCCGGGCUAUCGAGCUUGCGAAGAACCUCACCUCGGAAGAGAAAGAGCGCUAUUUGGCUAUCGCCCAAUCCAAGCGGGAGGAAGAACUGGCCAACUACAAGAAAUGGGUCCAGUCGCACACCCCCACGCAAAUUCGGGAUGCCAACAGUGCCCGGCGGAGGCUUGCCAAGCUGAGGGAUCACCAUGUCGCCCUUAUUCGCGAUGAGCGGUUGGUCAAGCCAGUCAGACCUCAGUUCCUCUUCUACUCGAUGGAAAGAAACAAGUCGGGCGAUUUCAAUCACAUGACCUCUCCCGAUAGAGCCCGUAAAAUCGGGGAAGAAUGGAAGAACCUGACAUCUUCCGAGAAAGAAAAAUAUGUCCAGCUCCGCAAGGCUGACCAGGAACGCUACCAUCGCGAAUGCAAGGAAGUCUAUGGUGAUGGGCCAACACCAACUGAAUGA